AUGUCCUCUGGCGGUGGCGGUCACGCCGCGCCGGCGCCCGCGCCCUCGCCCGCGCUCGCCCCCGCCCGCCCUCCGUCCCGCCCGCCCGCCGCCCAAGAAGAAGGGCAAGAAGAAGAAGGCGCCUGCGCGCCCCUGGAGGAGGAGUGGGAGGAUGACUUCGAGAGCUUGUCUCUCCGUACGAACCCCCCGGAUAUGGGUGAGGUCCGGUACACAGUAGACUGGAGUCAGCUCUCUAAGAGCACUCGUCUGCGCCGUACCCACGCCGAGCUCAUUGCUGGGGACAAGUAUGGCAUGGAGGCUGAGGAUCCGUGUGAUGCUUGCCGCAAGAGUAGCACCUCUGCCGCUGCCACCACCGGGCGCUCGCGACAGGUUAUUACGACCUGUCGCGUAUACCGACGGGAAGCAAUUCCCCGAGGUCGCAAGGUGGGUUUUCAGUGCGCGGCGUGUCGGCUGAGUGGCAAGCAGUGCACGCGUUCCAGUGAUGCCCGUGCGGAGUCGAGGAAGGAGAAGGAGAAGAAGAAGGGCACACGCUGCGGCCGCAAGGCCAACACCGAGGAGCAGGCUGCUGCCGCUCUUAAGCGGCGUAAUGCCCUGCGGCGUGAGCGCCGGGCGAAGAAGAAGGAGGCCCGCAAGUAG